CAAAGGGGCGCAGGAAGAAACACAGUUUCAACUAAAACUGCAAUGAAUUGGAACGUCUUACGACCCGAAUAUGCAGCAUGGCAACCCGAAUGGACCGUGGAAGAUAUCCGGUUAACAUUUCUCAAAUGUACAAGAUGGCAGGUGGAGGAAACCUUGGAUCCGAUCAAUUGCCCUUACCACUACUUCUGUGACAGUGUUUACCCAGGAAACUACUCGCCUGCUGUGGAUUUUCUGCUUCUUUUCUUUGCAGCAGCUUCAUACUUGGCAACCCUGAUCUUUAUGGUGGUGCACAUAUCAGGUAGAGGUCAAAGUUUUAGUCAGUCAAAAAGGUACUUGCUACCUUCCGGUCCAAUUGCUCUUCCACUGAUCAUCUUGGCCUUAGCCAAGGGCCACCGGAUAAACUCUGCCUUUCCUCUCUCAUGCACCGGUCCAGCAAUCCUCCUGCUGGUUCUGAUAUCUGCUCUAACCUUCGACAAUGGAGCAGAAACAGACAUCAAGUGAGUGUGCAUCUUGUGUGUGUCGUAAAGAGGUUUUGAUUGUGGGAGGAACAUUAAUAUCCUACAGGGGAUGGUCAUUGACCACUUUUUUGGUUGUGGGCACCCUGUGUUGGAGGAUUAUAUGCCGGCUUGGGGGAACAAAAAGAGGAAAGUUCAUACUGAUUAGGUCUUUGCUCGGGAGUUCAAGCUGGAUUUUGAUAAUCAUAGAUUGUGCUUAUCUAACCACAAACACCCCACCAGAGAGACUGGUGUUGCGAGUUGCUGCUUUUGGAGGUAUAUUUGUUUUGAUUUGCCUUUAUGUAAUCAGAGAAGCAUGCACUCACAUCACACAACUACAUUCUGUGUAUAAAAGUAGGACAGCAGUUGUUUGCAACACAAGCAAGGUAGAAAUGAGAAAAUGAUGAGAAGAAA